AUGGUAACUGUCGCCCGGAGCCCCGACGAUAGAGGACGCGUUUCUAUGGUGUGGCAUAGCAAGAAGCUGAUUAAGCUGAUUAGACCCCAGAUCCAGACACCAGGUCCAUACCCCAGAUCCAGACACCAGGUCCAGACCCCAGAGACCAGAUCCAGACCCCAGACCCCAGAGACCAGGUCCAUACCCCCAGAUCCAGACACCAGGUCCAGACCCCAGAGACCAGGUCCAUACCCCCAGAUCCAGACACCAGGUCCAGACCCCAGAGACCAGGUCCAUACCCCCAGAUUCAUACCCCAGAUCCAGACCCCAGAGACCAGGUCCAUACCCCAGAUCCAGACACCAGGUCCAGACCCCAGAGACCAGGUCCAUACCCCCAGAUCCAGACACCAGGUCCAGACCCCAGAGACCAGGUCCAGACCCCAGAGACCAGGUCCAGACCCCAGGUCCAGACCCCAGAGACCAGGUCCAGACCCCCAGAUCCAGACACCAGGUCCAGACCCCAGAUCCAGACCCCAGAGACCAGGUCCAGACCCCCAGAUCCAGACACCAGGUCCAGACCCCAGAUCCAGACACCAGGUCCAGACCCCCAGAUCCAGACACCAGGUCCAGACCCCCAGAUCCAGACACCAGGUCCAGACCCCCAGAUCCAGACACCAGGUCCAGACCCCAGAUCCAGACACCAGGUCCAGACCCCAGAGACCAGGUCCAGACCCCAGAUCCAGACCCCAGAGACCAGGUCCAUACCCCCAGAUCCAGACACCAGGUCCAGACCCCAGAUCCAGACCCCAGAUCCAGACACCAGAUCCAGACACCAGAUCCAGACCCCAGAGACCAGGUCCAGACCCCAGACCCCAGAGACCAGGUCCAGACCCCAGAGACCAGGUCCAGACCCCAGACCCCAGAGACCAGGUCCAGACCCCAGACCCCAGAGACCAGGUCCAGACCCCAGACCCCAGAGACCAGGUCCAUAUCCCCAGAUCCAGACACCAGGUCCAGACCCCAGAUCCAGACACCAGGUCCAGACCCCAGAUCCAGACACCAGGUCCAUACCCCAGAUCCAGACACCAGGUCCAUACCCCAGAUCCAGACACCAGGUCCAUACCCCAGAUCCAGACACCAGGUCCAUACACCAGGUCCAUACCCCAGAUCCAUACCCCAGAUCCAGACGCCAGGUCCAUACCCCAGAUCCAUACCACCAGAUCCAUACCCCAGAUCCAGACACCAGAUCCAGACACCAGGUCCAUACCCCAGAUCCAGACACCAGGUCCAUACCCCAGAUCCAUACCCCAGAUCUAG